AUGAGCCAGGAGCAGCCGGAGAGGCCUCAAGCGAAGAACGACCCCAUCAAAUACGGCGACGUUUUCGACGUCUCCGGGGAGUUGGCAUCGCAACCCAUCGCGCCAAAAGACGCAGCUCUCAUGCAAGCUACAGAGAACCAAACAUUAGGCCAAACUCAAAAGGGAGGCCCCGCCUCCGUCAUGCAAUCCGCAGCCACCAUCAACGUCCGCCAAGGAAACGUCGGCCGCGGCGAUUUCUCCGACGUGGCGAAGGAGCACGGCCUUAGCGUCUCCGAAACCAAAGUGGAUGGCCACCGCGUCAUCACGGAGUCUGUGGGAAGACACGUGGUGGGGCAGUUCGUGGAGCCCGAAGUGCCGAUGGAAACCCCCGGCACCGCGCUGGAGCGAGAUGCCAUAACCAUCGGCGAGGCGCUGGAAGCGUCUGGGGUGGCCGGAGCGGGGGACAAGCCAGUGGAUGAAAGCGACGCCGCCGCAAUACAAGCGGCGGAAAUGAGAGCCACCGGGAAGAACGAGACAGAGGCUGGGGGGUUGGGCGCGAGGGCCCAAUCUGCAGCGACACGUAACACGCGCACUGUGCCUGACUCUCAGAAGACAACCUUGUCUGAUGUCUUAGCAGAUGCGAGGGAGAAACUGCCAGCUGAUAAGGCCGUUACGCGAGAGGAUGCAGAGGGAGUGAUCGGAGCUGAGCUGAGGAACAAAUUGGACAUGAGAACCACCCCUGGUGGGGUCGCUGCAUCCAUGGCUGUCGCAGCCACCAUUAAUCAAAACAGUUAA